AUGGAUGCAAUCUCGGAAAUGAAGGCUAAAUAUCUGCGUAACUGUUGGGUUCCUGCAGGUGGCUCUCAAUGGACAAAGAAGCUUUUUCGGGAUCUUUAUGAGUAUAGCAGGUGUCCAACUAACCUCUUCGAAACAAGAACAUCUUUCGAGAUGGUGUACUUCCUUGAAGAUGGAUCAAGUGCUGCUGGCAUAAUCAACGGACAAGAGAAAGUCAUCUUGUCUAAAGAACAGAUCCAGUCUGACCAAGUGAUUGCUGCGGAACUCAAAGAGGCGGUUGCAAAGUGGAGGAGUGUUGAUUGGCAAGCAAUGAUCGCAACGUGGGCUAUUCUCUCAGCUCCGGUCUGGGUUGCUUAUGUUAAGGGUUCAUGAACUUUUGGAUGAUGAAGCAGAGAGAUAGAGUGUGGGAGACAGCAGGGUUUGAGACAAGACUAUUUUGGAUCAUGAUGCGAU